AUGGAUUCCUUUAAAGAAGAGCUGGUCAGGCGGAUGAAUAAUACCAAGCUGUUCCCCUUCUAUGGGUUACUGGCGAUUUACUACCUGUCCUAUCUUCCGUUCUGGCACUACCCUCCUGUUACCAUAUCCGCUGCGUUCUUCAAAGCACUUCCAAUCUGGAGCUUGGCGUUCUUUGUAAGACAGACGGCUGGUGUUCAACGAUCGGAUGUAUUCCCCAAAGAAUAUUAUUCAAAGUUUGUCAUGCUGGGUUUGUUGAUAUCGAGCGUAGGUGACGCUUUCUUAGUGUCGAGACACACUCUCUUCAUACCAGGUAUGCUAGCCUUCAUGAUUGCUCAUUGCUGUUACUUGUUAGCGUUUGGACCUAGCGAGGUCCCGGAGAGUAGGAUAAAAUCGGUAUAUGCCCUUGGUGGUGUAGCUUCAUUUUUUUACAUCUCUGAUGCCAUAGACAGCUUUCUGAUGCAGCUGAUUGUCUUGUGCUACUUUGUGGUGAUAUUUAUCGUUGGAUGGAGAGCGGAGGCGCGGUAUGAAAGAAACCAAACCUAUUCGGCGUUGUUCGGUAGCUUAGGAAUGUUCUUUUUCAUGUUCUCAGACUUCAUCAUAGCAACCGACAAAUGGAAAUUCUAUGUGCCUUUUUCCGAAUUUAUUGUAUUGAGUUUUUACUAUAUGGCCCAGUUCUGCAUUGCCAUCAGCACAGAAGAGGACAAGCCAUCACUGUGA